AUGUUGCUUGUAGAACUGGACAUGGUCAUCAUGAUGAGAAGUCCUAAAGAACUGGUUAAAAAUUGCCCCAUUAAGGCAAGAGCUCCUGAGUGUCUUCAUCUUCUGCUUUCUUUGUUUCUGCAGAAUACACGGCUAAAGGAAGGAAUUUACAACAUACAUCCUGAUGAGGAACCUCUGCGUUCAGAACUGCUGAGUGGAAAAUUUACAGUCCUGCCAGGAAGAGAUGCUAAAGGAGCCGCACUUGCAUUAUUUACAGCCAGACUGCAUCGACCAGAUAUCACCACACACAAAGCAGUUCUGCAGGCUAUCAUCUACCAACUUGAUAAAGCUAUUGAAAGCGUGGAGACUCAGAGGAAUGGACUCAUUUUCAUCUACGACAUGACCAAUUCAACGUAUGGCAAUUUUGAUUAUGAGCUGUGUGUGAAAAUAUUGAAUCUCUUGAAGGGAGCCUUUCCUGCCAGGCUGAAGUGUGUGUUCAUCGUUUCUUCCCCUUUGUGGUUUCGAGCACCAUUUGCUGUUCUUCGAUUGUUUGUAAGAGAAAAGCUACGGGAGAGGGUCUGCACAGUAAGAGCAAAUGAGUUGGUGAACCACAUAUCCAUGGAGUCCUUGCCAGAGCACCUUGGAGGAACAUCAAAAAUUAGUCAUAUAGCGUGGAUUCAGGCUUGUGUGAAUUCCACUCGAGGGCAGCCUAAUGGAGAUUGCAUGGACAAUCUUUUUAAUCUUUAUGCAGAACAAAACCCUCUAACUGAUGGGCUGAAUUCAAACUGUACUCAACAGUCUCCAACAGACAAUACCAAACUUUUACAUAACCAUUACCAUGAGACCAGGACUAGUAAAUUCCAUACAGAUUCAGAGAGAGUUGGCAAUUGUCAGCACUGGAAUGGCUCAGCAGGUUGCAUGAACUUUGAAUGCUCUGACAGAGAUUCUGCUGUGAACACAAAUAGCAGGAUGCCACCCCCUCAGUCUGCCACACCACCUGAUACACCUUUAUAUAAGAAUAUUCCAGAGGGCUUUAAAGUUCCCCCAUUGCCACAGAAGUCACGCCCACUGCCUUCAUCCAUGGAAGUGUCUAUUCACAUGCCAGAAGAAGGUGGAAUGACGGUACAUGAACUUGUUCAGUAUGUAAAGAAUAAGAAGAAGAAGGGUAUUUUUCUUGAGUAUGAAGAGAUUAGGAAAGAGCCUCCAGCAGGAACAUUUGAUGUCUCCAAGAAACCUUACAAUCAAGUGAAAAAUCGGUAUAGUGAUGUUCUCUGCUUGGAUCAGUCCAGAGUGAAACUGAAUUUUCUGAAAGACGAUGAGACAACUGAUUACAUCAAUGCCAGCUUUUUAGAUGGAUAUAAAAGAAAGAAUGCAUACAUAGCAACACAAGGUCCCCUGCCAAAAACAUAUGAUGACUUCUGGCGAAUGGUGUGGGAACAAAUGGUUUUAAUAAUUGUUAUGACAACAAGAGUCAUAGAAAGGGGGCGACUGAAGUGUGGACAGUACUGGCCCCUUGAAGUUGGAAAAACAGAAGAUUUUGAACAUUUUAUAGUUAGGAAUAUACAUAUUGACCUCUUUCAAGAUUUCAAGCUCACUCAUUUAGAACUUUACAACAAAGAGGUAAUGUAUUUGAGUCAUGAUUUUAGUGUGCUGCUAAACAUUAGAUGACAUAUUUGCUUUGCU